AUGGCUGGAACCCAGUCCGCACCAGAGUCUGUCAACCGCUUCUGCUACCAGUAUCUCCAACUCGAGCCAACACUUGAAUAUCCUACCGCGGAAAUUACUCGCGAAUCAUCUGCGCAAGACGCGAUUUAUAAGAAACUCUUCUCGGAAGAGGGCCCUCGUUACAGUCCUCCUGCAAGGUAUCGCCUCCGGGUUCUGAAGGAGCUGGUAGCAAGAAUAGAGUCUAGCAUCGAUGACUGGGACCAACAUGAAGUUUCCGAGGAUCUCAUGACUGCCUUGUCCGAAUCUCUCGCAACUCCAGUCCCGUCCGAGAUGUCCUCAGCUCAGCAGAAAUCCUACGUCACGUAUCACCUGAGUGGUCUUGAGCAGAGCCUCCGGCCACAGCAGUCGCCUCCGCCUGACAUCACACUGCUUGAGGCCCGCUCGCUGAUCUCUGCCUCUGGCACCACGGGUCUCCGAACAUGGGAAGCCGCGCUGCACCUCGGGCAAUUCCUGUGCGAGAACCCAGAUCUCGUUCAAGGAAAGCGAGUCCUCGAACUCGGAGCAGGUACUGGAUACCUGGCGAUCCUCUGUGUCAAACAUCUCGGCUCCACGCAUGUUGUAGCUUCCGAUGGAUCUGAUGAUGUGAUCAAUAACCUCCCAGAGAGCUUCUUCCUCAACGACCUGCAAGAAAGCACACUCAUCAGGCCAAUGGAAUUGCGAUGGGGUCAUGCUCUCGUAGGGACAGAGGACCAGAAGUGGAACAACGGCGAGAACGUUGACGUGGUAAUCGGAGCAGAUAUCACCUAUGACCAGAGCAUCAUCCCGGCUCUUAUCGCAACCGUCGAGGAGCUGUUUGCCUUAUUUCCUGCCGUGCAAGUUUUGAUAUCCGCGACGCAGCGGAACGAGGUCACAUUCGAGGCCUUUUGCAAUCGUUGCCGUCAGCGCGAGAUGGACUUGAGCUACGUCGAUUUUCCUAUACCACCGAGGGAACAGCAAAAAGGUCCAUUCUACAACGACAGCGUACCUAUUCGGAUUUGUCGAGUCUCGGCACCACCGAUCGCCAGAUCAAUGUGGUGA